AGAAAAAAGUCCUCUCACUUUCUCGGCCCCGCGCCUCCAGCACCAAGAACCGAGGCCACAGGGAACUCAGCGCUCCGCCACCGCCCGAGUCACGUGGGGCGAGGCCACGUGACCCGCGGCCCGGGCCCAACAUGGCGGCCUCCACGGGUCGCUGGCUUCUCCUCCUGCUCGUGCUGCCCGGGCUGCCAGGGGGUGCGUCCGACGGCCUCGGCUCGGGGCCCUCCCGCGACGACGACCUGCUGCUGCCCUACCCGCGCGCGCGCACGCGCUCCCCCCGGGACUGCGCGCGGGAGCGCUCCGGCCGCGGCGAUCACGAGAGCUGGCCCCCGCCAGCCGCGACCCCCGCCGCCGAAGGCCCGGCCGUGCGCAGCUUCGUGUCGCACUUCGCGGGGCGCGCGGUCUCCGGCCACCUGACGCGGGUGCCCGCGCCCCUGCGCACCUUCUCGGUGCUGGAGCCCGGCGGGCCCGGCGGCUGCUCAGCGAGGCGCCGCGCCACCGUGGAGCAUUCAGCGCGGGCGGGAGAUGCCGGGCGGAACAAAAAUGGCGGCUUCUUUCCACAUGAACAUCCGAUAAAUUGCCUUGGAGUACCCGGAUAAGCAAAGGGGGACUGGUGGAACAGCUCCCGUGGAGGCCUUGACAGGUGUCAGGUGGGUGUAAGUGAGCCGCUCGCUUUCCCCGGGGGCAGGUACCUGACUGAGGAGGAGGUGCAGGACUCGGAGAAUCCGUUUGUACAGCUACUGUCCGGGGUCGUGUGGCUGAUCCGCAACGGAAGCAUCUACAUCAACGAGAGCCAGGCCGCCGAGUGCGAUGGGACCCAGGAGACAGGUUCCUUCAGCAAAUUUGUGAACGUGAUGUCCGCCAGGACAGCCCUGGGCCACGACCGGCAGGGGCAGCUGGUGCUGUUCCACGCGGACGGCCAGACGGAACAGCGCGGAGUCACCCUGUGGGACGUGGCGGAGUUCCUGUUGAAACAGGACGUGGUCAACGCCAUCAACCUGGAUGGAGGCGGCUCUGCCACGUUUGUGCUCGACGGGGCCUUGGCCAGUUACCCGUCAGAUCACUGCCAGGACAGCAUGUGGCGCUGCCCCCGCCACGUGUCGACUGUGGUGUGUGUGCACGAGCCCCGCUGCCAGCCGCCGGACUGCAGCGGCCACGGGACCUGUGUGGACGGGCGCUGCCAGUGCACAGGCCUCUUCUGGCGGGGCCCCGCCUGCAGCCAGCUGGACUGCGGCCCCUCCAACUGUAGCCAGCAUGGGCUCUGCACCGAGACUGGCUGCCACUGCGACGCUGGCUGGACAGGGUCCAACUGCAGUGAAGAGUGUCCCCUUGGCUGGUACGGGCCCGGCUGCCAGAGGCCUUGCCGGUGUGAGCGCCAGUGUCCCUGCGACCCCCAGACUGGCAACUGCAGCGUCUCCCCAGGGAAGCAGUGUCUGUGGCCGGCCGAGGCCACCCUGCGGGCAGGAGAACUCUCCUUUUUCACCGGGACCACCUGGCUGGCCCUGACCCUGGCCCUGGUCUUCCUGCUGCUGGUCAGCGCCGCGGCCAACGUGUCCUUCCUGCUGGGCUCAAGGGCAGAGAGGAACCGGCAUCUGGACGGGGACUACGUGUACCACCCGCUGCAGGAGAUGAACGGGGAGCUCCUGGCUGCCGAGAAGGAGCCGCCCGGGGAUGCCCACGGCCCCUUCAAGGACUGAGCCUGGCCAAGCCUCGCUGAUGGCCUGUCCACAGGGCUCGCGCCCACGCAGCCCAGCGUCUUCAGGGGCGGCUCCAGGGCCACUGCCCUGCGCCAUCUGGGUGGCCUUGGCCCCAGCAGCACCUGCGCCUCAGCCCCUGCCUGGCCCCGGCCCCUCGCCGCCCACCUGCUGGGCCACUUGCAGCCCUGGCGAUGCCGCGCCCCAGAGGGAGCCCCCGCCUGCUUCCUUGCCUGCCUGUGUUUGCCGCCAGGCGUCUGCCGUGCCGCCGAGAGACGGAAACCGUGAGGGAAUCGUGACAGAAGGCUGGAUCCCAGCCGGCCCCUGGACGUGGAAAGGGUCCAGGCUGCGCGUCCCAGGAGCCUCCCUCCCCAGCUGAUCGCUGCAGCCAGUUCCUGCUUCCCGUCCCAGGAAGCGUCUGGGGAGAAGGGACAGGGUCAGGGGACGAAGCGACCGUGUUUACAGAUCUUCUAUUUUGCUGUCCUACUGCCGAGAGAUGUUUUCUAUCACUUGAAUAAAUGGGCAUAAGAAGCGGA